UUGGCCUUGGAAACAUGGCGUCGCACUGACAGCUUGGUGACUCUCAUUAUCUUCUCCAGGCACUGACAGAUACCGGGCCAUUAGCAGAGCUGCUUGCAGUCGGGUUGUAGCCGUGAAAUGAGAGUACUACAGGUUCACUUUGCGUCUUGAAAAGACUGUCGUUUAGACAGUGCGACGCAAUAACGGAUUUAGCACGGCUGUCACGCCCACUCUGCUCGGUAACGCUAUAACGAUACCGUACGGUAAGUUAGCUCCGCUUCAGCUAACUGAGCCAGACAGCUAGCAGCCGCUGUUAGCAUGACCAGAGCACCCAUGUAAUGUAAAGAACACCUGCCACUACAGCUCGCCCGCUGACUGGCACUCGUCAAGUUAGCUUGUCUCCCUUGUCAAACACUACCAUUAGAUAAGACCUCGGCGCUGACGGCCGUUAUGUUAUUGUGAGUCGCUAUCAGGCUAGCUAGGGCGUUUCUGUCAUUCUGUCACUGAAUUUUUAAUGUUCGACCCCUUUGGCUACGCUGUCGGAGGGGAGAGCGAUGGGCUCCGGGGCUGUGGAUUCGUCCCAGUGGCUUUCGGUGAAGGAGGAGACCAUUUUUCUCCACGACGGUCUCAUUCGGGUCACAGAUCUGGCCGAACUGCCCAGUGAAAUUGGAGUAUCGGAGCAGGGGGACACCGAGCAAGAGAUUCUAACAUUUGAGACCAAGAAUCCGGUAGAGCUUGCCGAGCGUCUGCGUGCUGUCUGUGGGAAUCAGAGCAAUGCAUAUGCCCGUCUGCUGGAGUAUCGUCUCAAUGCCCUGCGUGGCCUGUGGGGGGCGCAGCGGCAGCUGGCCCUGGAGGAGCAGCAGGAGCGAGAAGGGACUGGAGGGGCUGAUGAGGAGACCUUGGCCUUGCUCAAAAGACAAGGUCUGCUCCAGCAACCCGAGCAGGCGCCCUUCACUUCCCGUGUCGGCCUGUUGCUGGUCUUUCCCCUUUUACAGUCCCAAACUCGCAGUGACCCAGCACUCUGCGGUGUCACAGCAGAGGUACUGCUAGCUUGCCUCCGGGACUGCCAGCCGCUGAGCCUUAGCAAAGAGCCCGCUGACUGCCUCAAUGGCCUGGAGGGACUGCUAUGCUCCUGGCUAGAAGAUGGUGCCCAGGAGUCAGGCCCAGUGCAUGGACACACUCAGCCGCAGAUCCUACAAACGCACAGACAGAGGGAAAACGCUGCUGCUGCACUCGUGGCACUUGCCUGUGCCAGGGGAUCCCUGAAGACCUUCAUCCACACAGUUCACCUGCUGCAGAAACAAACUGAUCUGGGCCACCUCCCUGUGUCAGACGUACUGUACAGACUUUUGCUCCUGGAAGGAGGCCCGGGGUCUCCAUCCUGCCUCUUGGGGGGAAAACACUGUGUUUCCUGGGGUUUUGAGGACAUGCUGCCCACACCAGAUAAUUCUGCUGGAGGAGCAGAGAGUAAAGAUACUGACCUGGGACGCUGUCUAGCCACAGAUGGGCUAUAUCUAUAUACCACUAACUCCUCUGGGAGAGGACUCAGCAAGCUUGGCUCUGGUUUACAUGGGACAUUGAGGGGAUUUGUGUAUUGUCGAAAUGAAGAGUUGGAGCCCGGCUGGGUGGUGUUCAGCAGCGGCCGCCUCCUCCACCGUCCCUCAUCCUUUGAUGCCAAGCCACAUCAGCUGUGCCAGGUCAUUGAUCCAUUCACCCUCCAGGUGUGCCAGAUUGUGCCCAUGCCAGCCCAUCACUUCCCCGUGGGCAGCAGCAUGACCACACUGCACCUCUGCUCAGACGGAACCUAUCUGUACUGGGUGUGGUCCCCAGCCAGCCUCAAUGAGAAAACACAGAAAGGCCACUCUGUCUUCAUGGAUGUCUUUCACUUGUCGACACAGACAGGGUUGUGUGUUGCAGACAUCUUGCAGGAGAGGGUUAUCCUUACUCGCAAAGAAGGCGAGUCCUCCAAGUGCUUGAAUGAACUUCUCUUAAGUCGAAUGUCACGCUUCCGGGCCUCCCAUUCUGCCACAUUGGCUGCUCUCACAGGCUCUGCAAUCACCAACACUGUCAAAGAGGAGCAGUCUGGUAAUGCGGUCAAUACUAGCUGUGGACUCCCUCUAAAGACUCUGAGAAGGACCCCGAUGUAUGUUUGUGGCACCUAUCUGGUAAUGCUGGUUUCACCUCCUGGUGUAUCUGGGAGCUCUGCCACACGCUCCUUGUUUGGAGGUACCAGCAGCCUCUCCUCACUUAAAAUUUUGGCCUCCAGUCUGGUCUUUAACCUGGCUGAUGGUCAGUUCAGCAGUCGCGCAGACCUCAUUGAUGCUCCUGGCAGUUCUUUAGGCAGGGGAGCCCAGGUGGCAGGGCUAGGAGCGUGUUAUGAUGCACUGAACAACUUGAUCUGGACCUGCUCCAGUGAUUACAUAGAUCAGUGGUGCAACCCCGGGAACCAAGCCUUUCAUCAUGUGUGCCAUAGACUCGGUGUCAGCCACGUCAUCAAAGAACCCAAAGAGGAGACUGUGGCCACUGGCGAGGUGAUCAACCAGCUGCUUCAUCAUGUAGGUGCUAUGUGUAUCCACCAGCUCAACUUGCUGGCAGCCAGCAGCAACAGUUUGCCCUUGGGGGCCUUACUGGGAAAACAACACCCCAUUGAGGCCCGUCACUUCAGCAGCAUCUGUGACAUUAUGGAAAAGGCCAUGGUCAAUGGUGACACCUGCAUCAUCCACUGUAUCUUAGUUGUGUUUCAGGUAGUGUUUAGGUUUUUCAAUCCUCAGUCAGAGCAGAAUAGGGAGAGUGUGCGCCGUGCAGGACUCCUACUGUGGCAGCUGCUCAUGGCUCCAGUGGACCAGAUAGGAGCAGAAAUUCAGAGAGAAGUCUGCUUGGCUAUUAGCUCAGGCCUCAAUAUUUUGUAUCAGGGGGAGGCUGAACUCAACAAACUACUGAAACUGGUUCUAACCGAAGGUGAAAGAAACAGUGGAUUGUCUCAACUUCGGGAUGUCAUCCUUACAAAUUUGGCAGAACAGUUGCAGAAGAAUAGAUUUGGAAGUGAAGAGGAUGACCACUACAGAUUGAAUGAUGAGCUGCUGCAUUGUAUCCUCAAGACUGUAGUCCGAGAAUCCUGCCUCCUCAUCACCAAAUGUCAGACUGUCGCCCGAGAUGACUUCCAGAAACUGCUCUCCACUGUGCCAGUGGUCUCACCUAGUCUGCGCUACCUCAUGGCUGUUCAGAACCACCUCCUCAGUAAUACCAUUCUUAUCCGUCCGGAUGAUAGUGAUGACAGUGACAAUUCCCUACAAGGGGAAACAAUGAAGGUACAGGAGCUGCAAAGCAGCAUCCUGUCCUUAGCAACCAAAAUCCUGGUGGGAUGUGAUGAAGUAUUGGAAACCCUACAGCAGGUCACCACUGCUCUGAUUAACAGCGACAUAGCUGACAGAGAAACCAGGUUGAAAGGCUUGGAACAGAUUACCAAGGCCACUAUGCUUGGGCACCUGCUGCCGGUGUUGCUCACCUCUCUGAUGCACCCAAACCUGCAAACCCUCACCCUCGCUGAUGCCCUCAUGCCUCAGUUGGUGCAGUUGGUGCUCUAUACCAGCCAGACUGCCUUGUUACUAAAGACUCAGUCUCCGCUUUUUACUGAAGAGUCUCUGCCUGCUGGUGGCUCUCUGGGCCAGGGAGCAAAGACAUGCACUGCUGAUGACAAAAUUCUUGAUGAACGUGAAGAGCCUGGCUUCCUGACAGGACUGAAGAUCCCUGCUCCAUGGGCUGCUGGGAAAACAGUAGAGACUGUGCAUCCUGUAAGGGACAAUUACAAAUUCAAGGAGACCGUACACAUCCCAGGAGCCCGGUGCCUGUACCUUCGCUUUGAUUCUCGCUGCUCAUCACAGUAUGAUUAUGACAAGUUGGUUAUCUAUGCCGGUCCCAACACCAAUAGUCGUAAAGUAGCAGAGUAUGGAGGAAACACUCUGGGUUAUGGCAGUCGCAGUGUCCUGGGGACAGGAUGGCCCAAAGACCUUGUGAAGGUUGAAGGAGACACAGUGACAUUUUCUUUUGAGAUGAGAAGUGGACGUGAACAUAAUACCCCUGAUAAAGCCAUGUGGGGGUUCUCCUGCACUGUCAGAGCUCAGGAGUCAUCAGAAGAUGUCUCUGGAGGUCUCCCCUUUCUGGCAGACCUUGCGCUGGGGCUGUCAGUGCUGGCCUGCUCAAUGCUCCGCAUUCUGUAUAAUGGGCCAGAGGUGACAAAAGAGGAGGAGGCCUGCCAUGAUUUGCUCUGCUCAAAGCUGCUGCAAAGGUGUCAGUGGCAGGUGGAAGCAAAUGGUGCCAUCUCUCCAGCCCUCACGCCCAGUCCUUCACCUCUGCCACUCACUAUUGAGGAGGAUCGGGAGUUCACUUACCCAGCUGACGUGCUCAUCCCACCUCCAGGCCUUAUGCCAGGGACCUACUUUGACUUGCCCCGAAUUCGCCUUCCUCCGGGCAUCAUGUCUAGGCUUCGAGAAGUGUCCGGAAGGGCUCGACCACAAUUCCGCCCAAGCAUAAAGGAGGUGAUAAGACCAGAUGUUAUGGAAGAGGUAAUAGUAUCUUGCGUGAUCAAACAUUUGAGCCUGGUGGAUGCGCUUCAGUCACUCGUCAACUACCAAUACCGCGAGGAUCACACAGAGGAAUAUGACCUGCUCUGUAAGAUCAUGGCUGAGACCUUUAAGAAGAUUAAUGCUAUGGAGCGGCAGCUGCAGAGUGUAGCAGAAUUGGAACAGAAAUGGCAGAAUGAGGUAGAGGAGGCCCAACAAGGAAAACUGGAGAACAACACGCCAUUUUUUCACGACUACCACUUCUUUGAGAACAAAAUGAAGGAAUUGGAAUUACUCUGCUCACUGAAGGAGGUCCCACUUGAUUUUAGUGAUUUGGAAAAUGUUGUCCUUGCUUUGAGGGAGAAGUUCUUUCAGGAGGUGAACAGUAAACACAUCAGAAGUAGCAGCCCUCUUGCUAAAACUAAAACUCUGGUGAAAAGUCUAAUGAACCGCACUGAGCUACUGCUCCAUGUCACCAUCGCUCCACAUUGCAGAAGUCUAACCAGCACACCUGCUGGCACACCAGGCCCAGCCUCUCAGUCUGUGUCUGAUGCCAAGACAGUGAUCCCCACGGUGAAGCAGCCAGUCUUCUUGCGUAGCAUGUCUGCACCUUCUGACUUGGAGAUGAUUGCUAACCAAGACUUGGAGUUUACACAUGCGCCACAAAGAAGGCGACACCACCCUACUAGUCAUCGCAGCAGCUCAUUUACCCUGCUGCAGUCUUUGGCCAUAGAGGACAGCCGAGACAAGCCAACAUACAGUGUGCUGCUGGGACAACUCUUUGCCUUUAUUGGAACUACACCUGAUCAGGCUGUCUCAAGCAGUAGUUUCCUGUCUGCUGCGCAGACACGUUGGCGGCGAGGCAGCACACGAAAGCAGGCGCUUGUUCAUAUGAGGGAGUUGCUCACUGCUGCUGUUAGAGUUGGUGGGGUCACCCACCUAGUAGGACCUGUCACUAUGGUACUGCAAGGUGGACCAAGGAUUGAGGAGCUGACCUGUGGGGGAAUGGUAGAGCAGGUGCAGGAGGCCUUUGGGGAGACCAUGACGUCUGUAGUGUCACUAUGUGCACGCUACCCAAUUGCUUGUGCCAACAGUAUUGGCUUACUUUGCACAAUCCCUUACACCAGGAGUGAGGAGCAGUGCCUCGUUCGCAGUGGGCUGGUUCAGCUUAUGGAUAGCCUGUGCAGCUUAAGUGGGCAGAGGGAAUGCAGUUCAAAUGAAAAGCAGACCAAAAAACAGAAGGUGGCCACCAUGGCUUGGGCAGCCUUUCAGGUGCUGGCCAACCGAUGUAUUGAGUGGGAGAAGGUGGAAGGUGGAUCUACAGAUGCAGUUCAUUCAGGUCUGGCAAGACAGGUAUCCAGCCUGCUGACCAAUCACCUGGCAAGAGCCACAGAAUGCUGUGGGAAUCAGGCAGCCGGCAAUGAUGCGUUACAGGAUGUGCUCAGUCUGCUCAAUGAUCUUUCCAGGAGCCACAUAGGGAAAGCCAUCCUGAGCCAGCCAGCUUGUGUCUCCAAGCUCUUGUCUCUUCUGCUCGACCAGAGGCCCUCACCAAAGCUAGUACUUAUCAUCCUGCAGCUGUGUCGUGCUGCCCUGCCGCUCAUGAGUGUGGAGGACUGCGGUAAUGUGGCUCUGCCCUCGUGGAGCUACUCCAUUAACACGCUAGAUGCUGAGCAACAAGAUGCCAAUGAUCCAGCCUCGCGCAUUGCUGCCUUGCUGCUAGCCAAGCUGGCAGACUAUGUAGUACCAGGCUGUCAGACUCUUCUCUCACCCAGCUCCUCUGAGCCAGACACAAGUCUCUCUCGUGCCAGUUCCAAAGGAGCUCUCAAGUCUGAUGAUGUUGGGGAGGAGGGAGAGGCAGUUGAUGGCAAGCUUUCGAUUUUUAUCCACAAGAGAGAGGACCAGUCAUCUCAUGAGGUUUUACAACCACUCCUUAGCAGCUCUGAGGGGCGUCCCUUUCGACUGGGCACUGGAGCAAACAUGGAAAAAGUUGUAAAGAUGGACAGAGACAUGACAAAGAGUGGAUGCUGUGAGGUGAUUACAGAAGAAGCAUCUGCUGCCCUGAGGAAAGCUAACAAGUGGGCCCAGUCUGGUCUGAUAGUGAGCGUUGGUCCACCUGUGGAGACUUUAGCCCAAGAGACUGCUGGGGGCAUUACUGCUGGCGACAAGAAGAAAACUGCUCAGACUGCUGUUUGCAGAGACAGGAAUGCCGAGUUGGCCAGGUCAGACCCGGUACGCCCAUUUAUCAGUGGCCAUGUUGCCAACAGCAUGGCUGCAGAGGUCAUAGCCCUGCUUCAUAGUCUGCUCACUGCUCCUGAGUCCAACACUGCUCAGAUCUGGACAAGCACUGCUGAGAAAGUUCUCUCCCGGGCGCUAAUGUUUAUCCCUCAGCUGGGCAAGUAUGCUGAGAGUAUUCUGGAGAACGGCAGCAGCAGUGGCAGAAAACUGGCUAAACUGCAGGCCAUUGGCAGACAGGCUGUUGCUGCACUCUGUGCUCUUGGAGGCUUUAAAGAAACUAUCAAGAUUGGUUCUGAGGUUCAGGUGGUAGGUAAAGGAGUGCUGGGGAGUGUGGGUAUAGUUAUGUCUAUAAAUGAGCAGGAGGGCAUCGCUACUGUGAAGUUUCCGUCUUGCGAGUAUAGGAAAGCUUGCAAAGCUUCAGAUAUCCUGACAGUACCAAUAUCACGCCUCUGCACUCCCAGAUCUGAGGCUCUUCCUCUCUAUAAGCUAUCAAUCACAGAGAAGGUGGUACAAGCUGUGCAGUCUAUGCUUCUGCCACAGGAGGGCAGUCUCUCUAUUCACACUUCUUUACCAGCUACCGGAGAUGGCUCUAGCCCGGUAAUGGCUGCAGUGCGCUUGCUGGCUGAAAUCAGAACUAGGGCGUGUCUGGUGAUGGCCCAACUUCUAGAGGACAGCUCCUUCUGUGAAGAGUUCAUUCAGCAGUGUCCGGCUGCUGUUGAGGUUCUCAACCUGGUUGCCCAGGAGUGCAGCCCUGGAGAGCGCCUUGGCAUGGUUGAAGCUCAAUGUGAGAGAGUAAGAAUGCUGUAUCGGGACUGUGCUCGUCCACCACCUCCACCACUGCAGACGGACAGACGUCAGCCAAAGGAGAUUACUUGGUGUCCAUCCAGAGUUUUCCCUCCAGUCCGUGCCUGCAUGUUUUCAUCCCGUCUGACCUCUGUCACCUUCUUGGCUGAUCCAAGUGCUGGAGGAGGGCUUCCCAGAGGCACUUUCAUCUACGCAACCUCUCCCGUACCAGUUCAGGCACCAUCGUUUUACUGGGAGAUAGAAAUUGUCUCCUAUGGAGACUCAGAGGAGGACAGUGGGCCAAUUGUGUCUUUUGGUUUUGCACCUGAAGCAGAGAAAAGGGAUGGAGCAUGGACCAACCCUGUUGGCACAUGUUUGUUCCAUAAUAAUGGUAGGGCAGUGCAUUAUAAUGGCUCCAGUCUGCUGCAAUGGAAGAGUGUCAGGCUGGAUGUGGCUCUACUUCCUGGUGAUGUAGCUGGAAUUGGAUGGGAGCGUUCUGAGGGCACUCCACCUCCACCUGGUCAGGCCCCUAAAGGCAGGGUGUAUUUUACCUAUUGUGGUCAGCGGCUUAGUCCCAUUCUUGACGAUGUAGCUGGUGGAAUGUGGCCCCUGGUACACAUUCAAAAGAAGAACUCAAAGAUACGUGCCAACUUUGGAAGCCGGCCUUUUGCAUUUGCUGAAGGCCAAGCACACAGAAAUGCUGCUGACUUGUGUGUAGACCUUGCAGAAGAAAUCAGUGCAAAUUUUGAAGCACUGCCCUUUGCUAUGGCCUCAGACAGCGAUAAUGAUGCAGGCGCUAGUGUUACUUCGGACUCUGGUUCUCAUGGACCCCCUUGUCGGAUUGCAGCUGUUGCAGUUGCUCAGCAGCAGUACAACAGUGACCAGUCCUGCCUUUAUAAGGUGGAGCUGAGCUAUGAGAAUCUGGUCACCUCUGGACCCGACCCACAUCCUCCCCCUAUUGCUGAUGAUGAGAGUGAUGAUGAGGAUGAUGAUGAUGUUCCAAGAGAGGACCACUAUGCCCUUCUGGUGAAGGCAUGGGAGACAAAAGUGUUCCCCACAAUUCGUAGACGGUUCCGUAACGAGGCUGAGAGGAAAUCGGGCCUGGACCAAAUCAAAGGAGCUCUGCAGCUGGGUAUGGUUGACAUUGCGAGGCAGACAGUGGAAUUUCUGUAUGAAGAGAAUGGUGGCAUUCCUCGAGAUCUCUACCUCCCAACUAUUGAGGAUAUCAAGGAUGAGGCCAACAAGUUCACUAUCGACAAAGUCCGCAAAGGCUUGACUGUGGUCAUCCGAUGUCCUGACAGCAACAAUACCAACAGCACAACAGGGGGAACAGCACUGCCGAAAUUUGCCAUCAGGGGCAUGUUAAAAACUUUUGGUUUGCAUGGUGUUGUGCUGGAUGUGGACUCUGUGAAUGAACUGGUACAGGUGGAGACAUACCUGCGUAGUGAGGGUGUGCUUGUCAGGUACUGGUAUCCAAUUGAAAUGCUGGAACGCCCACCUGCUGGAUCUCGCCGUACUGCGGCUAAUGGCUUGGUCUCAUUAGACAGUAGCAACAUUCAGAUUCACAGGGAACUUCUUCGCUGUGAGAGUGCACUGGCCAGAUUAUACUGUCGCAUGGCCUUGCUCAACAUCUUUGCCCCCAAGAAUCCACACACCUUCACUCGUCUCUUCCACAUACCUGCUAUCCGUGACAUCACCUUGGAACACUUGCAGCUUCUAUCUAACCAGCUGCUGGCUCCACCCCUCCCUGAUGGCACGAUCAGUUCAAGUUCUGUUCUGCUGGCUCAGUCAGUAUUGCACAACCUUGAGGGCCAAAGUUGCUCCCCCACAGACCUGUUUUACCAGGGCAACGCUCAGCCAAUCCGGGAGUGGUUGACAGUGGCCAUCACCCGUGCCUUGCAUCAAGGAGAAGAAAGCUUACUUGAGCUUACAAAGCAGAUAUGCUGCUUUCUACAGAAUGCACCAGAGCAGUUUACAUCUGAGGAGUUCCCAGUGUCAGAAUCCAAAGUAAGCAUGGAUGUCAGCUUUCCAGGAGCUGCAUUUGUGAUCGUGUCCUGCAAAGAAAGCCAGCUAGGCUGUCGUAAAGACUCAAGUCUGUAUAAGGCCCCUUGGGCUCGAGUCAUGGUGUAUGGCCUGGGUCACAAGGUGCGGAGAAAUGGCCAGCUGAAUCUGAUGGAGGCUGUGUGUUAUCCUCUGGAUGCUUCACCUACCAACACAGGCCUUACUCCCCCACCUACCACCAAUCAAUAUCCUUCUGUUAUGAUCCCUACUGAUAAAGUGCACAUCAAGCUUGGGGUGUCCCCCCCUCCUGGAGCUGUGCUGGUGUUGCACUCCUUGCCACUGGAGUUUCCAUUAGCCAUGGCAUUUGCUGAACAGCUGCUAACAUGGAAGCUGGGAGAGAGCAGUGAACGAUCAGAGGAUGAGCUGGACACAGUUCCCUCAUCUGUGCUGCUACAAGUGGUAGAACUACUUGGUGGUUUGGUUUGGACAACUGAUCUGGCUCCCUCCAUCAAAGAACUCAUCUUUCACUUGUUAGCGGAACUUUUGCGGAAGAUCCACCAAUUGGAGCAGCGCAAGAGCCCUACUGGUCUUUCAAGUUCAAUUGCUCUUUUGCUUAACCCCUGCCUCGCAGUGCUCAUGGCCCUGCAGACAGAACUCCGAAAGCUCUAUGACCGGGAAACUCAGGGAUGGACUGCUGGAGGGGCUGGAGCAGGGGGGUCCUCAUCCGGAGGCAUUGCAUUGGCCCUGGGUGCGGAGCAGAGUCGAUUCUCCACAUACUUUCAUGCCCUGAUGGAAGUGUGUCUGGCUGUUGCAGAGGUGACACUUCCUCUCAAUGUUGGCGGCUCUUCAGUGGGAGCGCUGUCCUCCACCAGUGCCCCUAACCUUAGUGAUUCUUCUUCAUCCUCAUCAUCAUCCCCAGGCCAGACACCGCAGAGCCCCAGUUUGCUAUCAAAGCGUAAGAAGGUGAAGAUGAAGCGUGAGAGAGCAGCAGCUGCAGUGGCAGCAGUGUCUGGUAAACGGGGAAGUGGAGGUGCAAGGCUGUCAGAGAGUGACAGUGCCCUGCUGAACAUGGCAGGUAGUAAACCUGAGGACAUGCUGUGGUUCCACCGCUGCCUUACUCUGCUGAUGAUCUUACGACACCUUGCCAACAAGGACCCACAGGGCUUAAGCGUAACCAGCGAUGCAGUAACGGACGCCUGCCAGGCUCUGGUUGGACCCACUGCUCACAGUCGCCUGCUGGUGCUCUCAGGUAUUCCCACGCACCUGGAGGAGGCUGUUGUCCGUAAUGCUAUCCGAAGGGCUUGCAACGCACAUGGGGGGCUCUUUAAAGAUGAAGUCUUCAUUCCUCUCCAGGAGGAGGACCCCAAGAAAAAACCUGGGACUGGUGUUGCAAGCCUUCAGGAUGGUAAAGUGUGUCCUGAACCUGAGCGCCCCUUUGCAAACAACGGAGGUCCCGAGAGUCCCGACAGCUCCAGUAGUGUAACUCCAGCUAUGAGUGUGAGUGCUUCAGCUUCUACCAGCCAGACCUCUAUCUGCAGCUCCUCUCAGGGGGUCUCCCGCACUGCCAGUGAACUUUCCGUCGAUCAGGAGCUUUUAGCUGUCCCACCUCUCACUCCUGCGGCUGCAGCUUCUGCCGUUACAUACCCCCAGCAGGGACUCCAAGAGUCACAGACAGUUUCUAGUCAGGAGAGUCUAGAUACCUCCCUGUGUAGCACAGGGAGUCUUGGGAGUCUCGGCAGCUUAGGGGAACCUGUCGACAGUGCAGAAACGCCAUCCGCGUCAGAUGGGGGCUCUAUGCACACAGUCACCUCAUUAGAGAGCAAUGCAGUCAUGGCCAGACCCAUCAAGGGUUACGCUGUCAUUGAGGUGCGUUCUCGAGCCAAAGUGGAAAAAAUUCGUGCCAGUCUUUUCAACAGCAGUGACCUGAUUGGCUUGUCCAGCCUGGAAGGUGAAGAAGAACUAAUGGAGCUGACCAAUGAGGAGAUCCUCACGGCUUCCAGUGUUAACCAAAGCCUGUUUGACACACAGGGAAGCUCUGCCCUUGAAGACUACUUCUUGGAGAAAACAAUCAAAGGUGACAAGCUUGUACCUGGAGCCCGAGAUGUCCUCACAGAUAUUUUUAAGAGCUGUGUCCACUCGGAGCAGAUGCUCAGCCUCACGCCAGCCAAGCCCGUUAAAGUGUCUGACAUUUACCUCAGCAAGGAGCAGAUCAACUCUCAGACACCAGGCAACCUACUGCAUACUUUCUUCACCAAUGUUCGACCUCCCAAGAAAGUACUUGAGGACCAACUUACUCAGAUUCUAAGAAAGUAUGGCACUCCUAAGCCAAAUAAGAACAAGUACAGCAAGGCAGGAAAAGAGCAGCAUCAAGGCAAGGUAGUAAGCACCAAGAGGCCCAUCACCAAACCUCCCACUAAGGAAAAGUCUGUGCUUAACAGUGUCAGAACCGCACUGAGUGAGAAGAAAACAGUGCUAAAGCCGAAAUCUCCUGAGAAAUCCAGACCUGAAGAAAAAGAUGUGGAAAAAUCUCCUGCUAAGAAAACCGAAGUCCCAGAGGAGAAGUACUUGACACUAGAAGGCUUCCAUAAAUUUGCUGUUGACCGAGCCAAGCAGGACAUCCGCAGUGUCUGGAGGGCAAUUUUGGCUUGUGGUUAUGAUCUUCACUUUGAGAGGUGCACCUGUAUAGACACUCGCCAUGCACAGAAGGCUUGUAGAAAGUGGAGCUUAGAAAUGGAUGUGGCAUUGGUACAGUACAUCAACAGACUGUGCCGUCACCUGGCUAUCACACCAUCCCGGUUGCACCCCCAUGAAGUCUACCUGGACCCCAGUGAUGCUGCUGAUCCUCGUGUGGCCUGCUUGCUCAAUGUGCCUGUGGAGAGUUUACGCCUACGCUUUGCUUUGCUGCAAUCGCUCAACAACAGCCUGGAGAGUUUCUUCCUGCCGUUGGUGGAACUGAGACAAACACAUACGUAUCAAAACAGCAUUGCAGCUCUGUUGAGUGAGGCCAAAGGCCUAAUCUUUUAUGACACUAAGGUCACUGUGAUGAACAGAGUACUGAAUGCCACAGUGCAGCGGACAGCUGACCAUGCCGCUCCAGAGAUUACACUGGACCCUCUAGAGAUUGUGGGAGGUGAGAUCAGGUCAUCAGAGAACACGUACUUCUGCCAGGCAGCACGCCAGCUGUCGUGUGUGCCGUCAUCCCAGCUUUGUGUGAAACUCGCCAGUGGAGGAGACCCAACCUACGCCUUUAACAUCCGCUUCACUGGAGAGGAAGUUCAUGGCACGAGUGGCUCUUUUAGACACUUCCUGUGGCAGGUGUGUAAGGAGUUGCAGAGUUCUGCACUUUCCCUGCUGCUCCCCUGUCCCAGUGCUGCAGCCAAUCGUAAUAAGGGGAAAUAUAUCCUCACUCCAUGCCCUAUCAGCUAUGCAGAGGAACAGUUGCUGCACUUUUUUGGCCAACUACUAGGCAUAGCCAUACGUGCAGAUGUGCCACUUCCUUUGGACUUACUGGGCUCAUUUUGGAAGGGCCUAGUUGGUGAGCCUCUCGACUCAGAGCAGGACCUGCAAGAAGCUGAUGUGCUUACCUACAACUAUGUCAAGAAAUUUGAAAAUGUGACUGACGAGACAGAGCUAGAGGCCCUGUGUGCUGAAAUUUCCUCCCAGCACCACUCAGGAGAAAGCCCAGACUCCCCCAGCCGUCCCUGCUGCACCUUUACCUAUGUCACUAUGACUGGUGAAGAAGUGGAGCUUUGUCAGGGAGGGCGGAGCCUCAUUGUCAGCUGGCAGAACAAGGAUGUGUAUGCACGGGCGGUGCGGAGCCUUCGUCUGAGGGAGCUGCAGAAUGUGGAGUGCAUGACAGCGGUGCGUGCAGGGCUCGGAUCCAUCAUUCCCCUGCAGCUGCUUACCAUGCUCAGCCCUAUAGAGAUUGAGCUGCGCACCUGCGGCCUGCCUUACAUCAACUUGGAGUUCCUGAAGGCUCAUACAAUGUAUCAGGUGGGCCUGAUGGAGACUGACCAGCACAUCGAGUUCUUCUGGACCGCCCUGGAGAUGUUCACUCAGGAGGAGCUCUGCAAGUUCAUCAAGUUUGCAUGCAAUCAGGAGCGCAUCCCAUUCACGUGCCCCUGCAAGGAUGGGGGGCCUGACACCGCUCAUGUUCCCCCAUACCCCAUGAAGAUCGCCCCUCCUGAUGGAGCAGCAGGUCAGCCAGACUCUCGCUACAUCCGGGUGGAGACCUGUAUGUUCAUGGUGAAACUGCCCCAGUAUACUUCUUUGGACGUGAUGCUGGAGAAACUGCGCUACGCCAUCCACUACCGCGAGGACCCACUCAGCGGCUGAGAAGACUUGACAACCGAAUAUUCCCCCCCAUGUGCCCCAAACCUCGCCCUCACCCGUGACCCCUUUUCUCCCUUCAUCCCCAAGUUCCUGGACUUUCCUCUGAGACAGACCUAAUGCUCUGCUGCAUUGACAAGUCACAAAGUUAAUUUUAUUACAUUUUCAGUGGCAAUGCUUUGUUUAUCCCUGCUUUAUAUUGCAGUUUACACAAAUUGUACGUUUCAUUAUUUUGAUUUGUUUUGCUUUUUUUUUUUUUUUCUUGUUAUUGUAU